UCUCUCUCUCCCCCUUCCUUCUCACCACCAAACACACUCGCUCACUGCACAUCACUCGCUACAACCACCGCACAAGCUGGUUAGCUAGCUUAGCUUAGCUUAGCUAACGUCGCUUCUUCCCUAACUGCCAGCGCUGUUUUUUUUCUAAUUAAAGUGGCUCUUUCUCCUCCGCUCCGUUAUGUGUUGACGUGACUGACGUUGGAAGUAACGGAUUAUCCUGACCCACCCCCCACCCCCUCCCUCCCUCCGGCUGACCGGGAGCCGCCAUGGAAUGCCGCGUUCUGUCCAUACAGAGCCACGUAGUCCGGGGAUACGUGGGCAACAAGAGCGCCUCUUUCCCCUUGCAGGUUCUGGGGUUUGAGGUGGACUCCAUCAACUCUGUCCAGUUCUCCAACCACACAGGUUAUUCUCACUGGAAAGGCCAGGUGCUGACGGCCGACGAGCUGCACGUUCUUUAUGAGGGAAUCAAGCUGAACAAGGUUCACCAGUACGACUACGUCCUGACGGGGUACACCAGAGACACGUCCUUCCUGGAGAUGGUAGUGGACAUCAUUCAGGAGCUGAAGAGAGCCAACCCCAACCUGGUGUACGUGUGUGACCCCGUCCUCGGUGAUCAUGGAUCUAUGUACGUCCCUCAGAAUCUGUAUCCGGUCUACAAGAACAAGGUGGUGCCCGUCGCUGACAUCAUCACCCCCAACCAGUUUGAGGCAGAAUUGUUGACGGGCAAAAACAUCACCACAGAGAAGGACGCCGUGGAGGUCAUGGACCUCCUCCACGCCAUGGGCCCGGACACGGUGGUCAUCACCUCCUCCGAUCUGCCCUCCCGACUGGGCGACCGCUUCCUCGUGUCGCUGGGCAGCCAGCGCAAAGUUCGUCCCGACGGAAGCCGGACGACGCAGAGGGUCCGGAUGGAGGUCCACAAGGUGGACGCCGUCUUCGUGGGCACCGGGGACCUGUUCGCCGCCAUGCUGCUGGCGUGGACGCACCACUACCCCGAUGACCUGAAGAUGGCUUGUGAGAAGACGUUUUCCGUGAUGCACCACGUGAUCCAGAGGACCAUCUCCUACGCUCACGAGUUAGCAGGGCCCGGUCGGAGGCCCAGUCCGCCCCAGCUGGAGCUGAGGAUGGUUCAGAGUAAAGCGGACAUAGAAGACCCUGCUAUAGUUUUGGAGGCCACGGUCAUAUCCUAACAUUACCGACCCCCCCGUCAGACUCAUGCUAACCCUCGUCCUCUUGAGCCUCUCGCAUCCAGAAUCUCUCAUCGCCGUGAACCCUGACUGUCGACGCCUCAUCAUCACAAAAAAAAAGAAAGAAAACCUUAGUAUGGUAACCCCCCCCCCCCCCUGUGGUCCUUUCAGCCUCCACCCUUUUACUCCUUUAACUCCUCAGUGUCCCCCCCGUAACCCUUUAACCCAAACCCCCCCCCCCCCCCCCCUCCCCUUUUGGAACUAGAGCCAUGGAUAGACGGCGAGUUCAGAACCUCCCCAAACGCCGCCGCGUGUGACGCGUUUUAAAAAAUGCCGUUUAAAACGUGCCGGUGAAACUCCAGAGGAAAGGUUUGGGAUCCGCUGAAGUCUGAUUUGGGCUAAAAGUUGAUGUCACAUUUGCAAUAGAAAAGGUCUCUUUUUGUUCAUCCUCAUCGAGAUCCCUGCACGCGUCCCUCAAAGCACGCGGCGCUCUGCGGCGUUUAUCCAAAAGUGAUCUGAAUUGAUUCCAGCUGACGAAACGCUGCAAAACUCUACCUCUAAAUUAUUAUGUCUAAAACUCGCCUCUAUGCUUUUUUUUUUUUUUUACUGCCGCUCCACUUAACUUGUAUAAUACUUCCUAAAAUGACUCGCACUCUCGCUGUGUGCGUCCACGCACACAAACGCACACGCAGUUGCCAAGUAGCAGGAACGCAGCACGAACACCGUCGGUGCUGAAGGACUAAAGCGAUCAGACGCUGUUUAUCCGUGGCUCUGCACACCACUACCCCCCCCCCCCCCAACCCCCCCGCCGUCUUAAAGCAGUGAUGUAAUGGUGACAAAGUCUAACCCCCCCCCCCCCCCCCCCCACUGCCCCCAAGGUUAAAAAAUAAAAAAAAAGAUGCACAAUGUAAAGUUGAUGUAUAGAUGUUGUACUAUAACUGUAUUGGACCAUCUGUAUGAAAUCUUCUAUCUGAUCUGUCUAUUGGACCAUUGUGUUGAUGCUGCCGUGCUAUAGACCGCUACGACAUCACCAGAACCAGAGGCGCUCGGGUCGGUUCUGGCACCCAACCCCCCCCCCCCAGUCGGUGUCCCCUCAUUGUAUUAGGUAGCUGUCUAAUAGCGUCUCUCUCAUCGCAAACACGACGUAAAGAAAAUAAGAGGCCCGAUGGAGGCCUCCUCGGUGCUGGAGCCGACCCGCGUCACAGCCGGGGUCAGAACCCCAGUGUCUGAGAGUCGACCCCCCAACCCCCCCCCCCCAACGUCCAGUAGCAGCUCUGUAAAUGUUUGUUGUUAGAAAACGUCUCUUUUAGGCCACUCCACACUCCUCUGUGGUCACGAAAGGAUGCAUUUUUAAUGUGAUUCCUCGCCUUCAGUCUGAGAUCAAAUUAAUCGAUUAUAUAUUUUUUUACACAUUGUUUUGUAGCCAACAUUUUUUUCCUUUACUAACCCUAAAUCCUAUCUAGAUUUUAAAAAUGUUUGGUCCCUCAAAACAACAUACGAAUCUUCAUAUCCAGAGUAUCUGUAGCCAUGGUAACGAUUUAAACUAAAGAAUCUACACGCCGUCAUCUACUUAAAACACAAGAUGUUUGUUAUUGAAAUGAGCAAAGAAGGACUUUUAAUCGCCACUAAUCACACUAUUUAAAGUCUUGUGUUCUGCUGGCUCACCGUCUUGUUCCCUUGAAGCAAUAACUUUGUCUCCUUCGAGGUUGCUUGAAUAUUAGUCGGUGAAACCAGAUGGCGGAUGUGAGGUUCUGUACUGCCGUUGUUUCUCUAUGGACUGUGAUACUGCCUUAGGAAUCAUAACUCCACCAUACUGCUCACUGAGGGUGGGGGGCAUGAUAUGUCUUAAAUAUAGGCUCUUUAUAUAGGACUGCAAAUGCACCUGCAAUGAGGAACAGUGCGGUCGCAUAAUGCCAAGAGCUUUGAUUUCAAUCUUUUUUUUUUGUUGGUUGUUUUAAGUAAUUAUUUUUUUUGAUCAACCAAAUACUUUAUAAAAUGAUAGAAAAUUGUGUUCACAAAUUUCCUUCAAUUUGCCUGAUGAUUUAUUUCCUUCAACUAGCAACUCGAAACCCUUCAAAGAUAAUCAGUGAUGUAAGCAGCAGAGCACCUUCAAAGUUAAAUAUAUGAUAGAACUGUAUAAUGAUUUAUCCCCAAAACUCGUUCCUCUUGUUUUCUGAACACGUCUUGGACUAACAAUGUUUUUACAGUUUAUACCAUCAAUUCUCAAAUCUGUAACAGACUGCUCAGCCAACCAGAUGUGAGCUUCGCGGUAGUCCCGCCCCCUGCUUCCUGCUCACCAACCAGUGAGCUGUACCGCUGGCUCUUAAGAAGGUGUGUGUGUGUGUGUGUGUGUGUGUGUGUGUGUGUGUGUGUGUGUGUGUGUGUGUGUGUGUGUGUGUGUGUGUGUGUGUGUGUGUGUGUGUGUGUGUGUGUGUGUGUGUGUGUGUGUAAUGUCUCCUAUGGUCACAGGGUUUUGUGUGUGUGUGUGUGUGUGUGUGUGUGUGUGUGUGUGUGUGUGUGUGUGUGUGUGUGUGUGUGUGUGUGUGUGUGUGCGUGUGUGUGCGCGUUAUGAAAGUGCAAAUCACAAAGAUUGGUAAAACAAAAAGAUUGGGUUCCACAAAGGUUUGGAAAAGAGUAAAGUGGUUGUACGAGAGGAGGGUUUGUUCAAGAGGACGAUCAUUCUGGGCUUUGCCUCAUGUCCUCCACUCUCUCCUCCUCCACCCUCCCUCCUGCAUGCAGAUGAAUCCGUCCCUCGCCUCCCUGCAGUGUCCCGUUGCCGUGUCCGUGUCCGUGUGUGUGUGUGUGUGUGUUAGAUGGUUGUACUGUACCCGGAAUCACUCACUGGUCCUCAGGCCGCCUCCGUCUCCACCCUCAGCGUCUCUCGUGAUGCAACUUAACGCCCCCUGCUGCUCCACCCUCCUCCUCCACCCUCUCUGCUGCCCUGUUAGGUUUAACCAAACAUCUGGACUGAGGUUGCGCCCGAUCUCUUCACUGAGUGAAGAGAGACAGUUUCUUUUACUUGGAGUUGCACCAUUAGAAGUUUAGAAAGAUGCCGUAGCUCGUUGAGACUUAAUUCAUUAAUUCACAAUUAAAAGAAAUCAAUUAGGACAACAGGAAGUUGACUUUUAAGAGGUUGAAAGUACAUUAAUCUUGACUUCAAGUCCUUUUUAAGUGUAGUCUGCUUUAUUAAAUAUGUCAGGUUAAUAAUUAUUACUUAUAAUGAUCUAAUCCUACAUGAACACAGACGUCUCUGUUUAAACUGUUCAACAUUUCUUUAUUCAUUUUGUCCAAAUCACGUUAAAUAAGUUCCAGUGACAUGAAUCCCCAAGAUGACAUAACCGACGUCUAAUGUCACCUGUAACAGGAGAAUUUAACCAUAUCUUAGUUUAAUUAACUCCAUCACAUUUAUACCUGGCAGGUACUAGGUGUGAGUGUUAACUGAAAUAUAUUAACAACAAAUCUCUCCGUGCAACCUUCUUUGAUUUAAGUUGAGACGAGUCCCCCCCCCCCCCCCCCUCUGUGCACCCUCAGCAUACAAUUGGCUUCACAAAAGCUUCCACUGACAAAAAAACCUGAUGGUCCAACCGUUUCUUCUCCUGACUGACAGUUUUUUUGUUGUUGUUGUUGUUCUUGGUGGCCAAAACAAAAACGAGGAAAUGUAAUAAUCAUUGUUUGGUAACUGUUUUUAGUGCUAUGUUUUUUGGAGCGUUACGAGUAUUUUCUAACAUGUUACAAUGAAAGAUUGUAGUGUACAAAUUCACAUUUAUAAAAUAUAUAUAUAUAGAUAUAUAUGAGAAAUGUAUGUUCUAAUGCAAUAAAGAGAGAUUAAGAAUUAUGA